AUGCGCGCCGCUCUUUUGCUCUCCGUCCUUGCAGGCACUGCCGCCGCGGCUGGCUGUAAUGGCAAUGAGUCGCUAUGUGGGAAGAAGUACUCGGAGGUGACAUUCGUUGGUUCUCACAACAGCCCGUUCGUCGGCAUUGGUCCUGCCCAUAACCAGCUGGUCUCGCCAACGGAACAGCUCGACUUGGGAGUCCGCUUCCUGCAAGCCCAGACCCAGAACAAGGACGGCAACAUUGAAAUGUGCCACACCGACUGCAUCCUGCUUGAUGUCGGACCGUUGACCGAGUAUCUCGACUCCAUUACGAAAUGGAUGAACGCUCACCCGAACGAGGUCGUCACCCUGCUCCUGACCAAUAUCGACGCCAUGCCGGUGACGCAAUUUGACGAGGCCUUCAAAAGCACCGGGCUGGACAAGUACGUGUUCAGGCCGCAGGGCAAAAUAUCGGAGUGGCCGACGUUGCAGAAACUCAUCGAUGAUGGAACGAGACUGAUCGUCUUCAUGGACUAUCAUUCCGAUACGAGCAAGGUGAACUACAUCCUCGAUGAGUUCCAGUAUUUCUGGGAGACGCCCUACGGUGAGACGGACGCCAGCUUUCCCCGUUGCAAUAUCGACAGGCCAGAAGGCGUCGACCCUGAAGGAUACAUGUAUCUGGUGAACCACGUCUUGAGCAUCGAUAUCUUCGGUGUCAAGAUUCCAGAUCUGGCCAACUCAUGGAAAACGAAUUCUCUCGAGUCCAUCGACAAACAAGUCAACCUCUGUAGGGGGAUGUGGGGAAAGACACCGAAUGUGAUUCUGCUUGACUGGAUAAACGUUGGCGACGCCGUAAAGGCGCAGACCCAGUACAACGUCUAG